CGGAGGGUAUAUUUUAUCGACAAAUCAGCGGUCACACUGCUUCCAAUUAUUUUGAACCGAGCGGUUGCUGCGCGUCGUUGUCGAAUUAAGUAAAUACAACUUAAUCAGAGUGUGGAGAGCAGCUUUUAACCUUUUUUUUUUGAGCCGGCCGUUCGUUCGUUUUUGACCAAAGGUAAAAACACGAUAAAAACAAAAACAAAUUUAUGGUAUGCUCCGUGCUUGUGUGCGUUUUUCGCCGCGACCAUGAAACAAAAGGAUAGUGCCGAAUUUUUUUUUGAAUUCCGAAAAGUCUGUUGAUAUUUCCCCGAAAAUAUCAAAAAUAUAUAUUUCAAUGUUCGAUAUAUCAUGAAACAACGGAAACUGCCUGCGUCGCCUUGAUCGAAUUUGUAGAUAAAAGUUGUGUCCGGUGCGCGUUUUUUAAAUGAAAAAGGAUUUUUGUGUAGGCAAAAAUAGUUAACUAUUGCAGCAAGAAAUUUGCAUUUUCAUCUUGCGCAAAAACAGCGGAGAAAAAACACAAACACAGAAAUGCUGACACGGAUGAGGCCAGCGGUGGGUUGAUUGGGGGCUGACAACAGUAUCCACAGUAUCCACAACAUCCACAGAAGCAGCAACAGCGUCCACACACAGCGAACACACAAGUGGAAGGAAGUGCCGAACGAGGAGUAGGAGGAGCUGGAUCUGGGAGGCAGCUUCGAAUAUCAAACACCUCGAAAACAAUGACAAAUGUGUGGAGAGGAGUCUGCCUCUAGACUGCCUCUAGGUGUUGGCCAGGUUUAAAUAACACAACAAUAGAGAGAGAGAGCGAUACACAGACAGGAGGCGAAGGAGCGCAAAGCCAAGGACACACAAAGGAACAUCCCAGAGUUGCACAAACAAAAGCUGCAGUAUGGAGAAGCCCAUGCACCAUGCCCCCGCGCCAUCUGCCGUGGGUAAGGUGAGCCAAAUCGCGAAUAUCUUCCAGCGGAAACCCAUCGAGAUCCAGCCGGUGGAGCAGCUGACAGCCGUGGCAGCCGCGCAUGCAGCUGCAUCGGCCGGCGGCGGCGCCCCUUCCCAUUCGGCGAGAUUCAACAAUGCCCGGGCUCUCUUCGAGAAGCUUGGCGUCGAGUCCAAUUCGAAUGUGAGCUCCAGGCUGCUGCGGAGCGGCUCCCGGGAGGACAAUCUGUGCGACGGAUCGGAUAGGUCAUCGUCCCGCUCCUCGGAUCGCUCGCAGUCGCCGCCCAAGCGACGCACGCCCUUCCCCUCGGGCGUGUCACUCAUUCACAACAACAACAACGCCUCGGUGGCUGCACAGAACGGAUCGCCAGAGCAGCGGCUGAGCAACAGCAAGUUUAUAGUGGAGCCAUCCUCCCAGACGCCCCCCACGUCGGUGGUGAAGUAUCCGCAGCACAAUCUCUCGCGCCUGAAGACCAGCGGCGGCGAGGAGGUGACCCCGACACCACCAACUGGCGGAUCAGUGAGUGCACUCUUCGCCAGCUCCGGGGCCGACAAGCCGGAGAAGCCAGAGCGGAAGUUCAACUCGCGGGAGCUCAUCGAGAAGCAGAAGAAGUGGACCUCGCACUUUACCAAAACCAAGACGACGCGCACCCACAGCGAUCUGAACCGGUGCGACAUUAUACGCACGGUCCCGGGAACGGGGCUGAUCAUGGACAGUGGGGAGAAGGCCACGGCCAAGCCGGCCAUGGAGCCGCCGAACGCCAGUCCGAAUCCUCCCAUGCGGCACGCCCCCAAUCAGACGCCGCCGGAGAUAAAGCCACGGAGCGGAAAGAUUGGGAGCCCCGUGAAGUCGCCGCCACUGCCGCCCAUUCCGGCGGUGAAGCCAAAGAAUGUCAGUCCGGUGAAAUUCAAUCCGGAUCGAGUGCGCUCGUCGCCCACAAAGAGCGCUGUAGAGCCCUCGCCCCCACCGCCGCCCGCCAAGUCGGCGGCCGUGACGGCGGCCAUGCAGAGAUCCCUGCUCCAGGAGCAGCAGCAGCAGAACACCCAGGCGGCGCCCAUUCCGCCCGAGAAGCCGCGCAAGAAGUCCAUCGAUCUGAUUGAGGAUCAGACGCCCAACCUCUCCACCAACUGCUCCACGUCCUCCUCCUGCACGUCGCCCACCAGCAGCGCCUCGAACAGCGCCUACAUCAUGCAGGCGGCCAAGCGGGGCUCCCUGGACGCGGCAGCCACAGGACACGGCAACGGCCUCAGUGGCAGCACCAAUUCGGCGGCCUCCUGCUCGCCGGUGGCCAGCGCCUCCUCGGGCCCCUCCUCCCCGGUCCACACGGAGGAUGAGAAGCAGGAGAACGAGUCCACAGAGAAGUCCGAGCUGAUGGAGCACUACCACAACAACAACUACAACAGUGUUCCCAGGCGUCGACGCAGCGAAAAUGAAGGUCGCAAAUCUGUGGAUGAAUCAACGGCCGCCUCGCAGCAGCAGCAGCAACAUUCCAGCAACAUUGGCAGCAGCUCCUCUUCACCCCAGCGUGUGGCCAACAAACGGAGCAGCAUCAUCCUCCAAAUGCCAGCCGCUGGUCUCGGACAACGUCCCCCCAGCAUCAUCUCGACGGCCAGCAACCAGGAUGAGGGGGAACUGAAGGCCAAGGGACUCCAGGGCGAGUCACUCGAAGAGCAGCAGCAGCACCACAGCCUGCACUACGUGGAUGUGGGCUAUCGCCUCAAUCCCGACGGCAGCGAGACCCGGGAGGUCUACGGAUCCGAGACAGAGCUCUACGACACGGCCAAGGUCACGGAUAUGCAACGGAAGUUCCAUGGAGCCAAUGGGUUUGCCCAGGAGACGAGCACUGUCUAUGCGAUCAUCAAGACCGACCUCCAGGAGGGGACGCCGGCGGCACCACCGCGCGGCUUGCUGCAGUCUCCAUCUGCGGAUGGAUCUCCAUUGCAUCGCGUGGCGUACAACUCGCCGCCGGUGGGCGUGGUGUCGCCCAUAAGGCGGAGGAAUAACCAGGAGCACAGCGGUGGCGGAGGCAGUGCCAAGUCCACGCCUCCCAUUUCCCCCGCUCGCACAGCAUUGGUCAAGGGGAUAGCCCCCAUAGCCUCCAUCGAUGCGCACGACGAGGAGGAGGAGCUGGACCUCGACGACGACGACGAGGAGGAGGAGGAGGAGGACGAGCACCUGACCGUCGAGUAUGUGGAGGUGCGGGAGAUGCACAAACAGCAGCAGCAGCAGCAGGAGGAGGAGGAGGCACCCGUUCUGCCCGAGCGACGGGCCCCCACCCAGGGUGGUGGUGGCAUUUCCCUGGAGAUGCAGGAGGACCUGGAGUACGCGGACACCAGUGCCGGCGAGGAUGAGGAGGAUAUACUCAAUCAUUUGGGAAUGAUUCCGGGCAACGAUAGCCUCGACAGCGUCGAACUGAUGGACGAUGUGGUCGACGAGGUGAUCAAAGUGCACGUCAAUCACAGCGUGGCCACAGCCAUUCCUCCCUCUCUGAUGGGGGGUUCUUCUGCAGCUCCUGCGGCUCCUUCAUCUGUGGCUCCAGUGGCUGCUGCUGCAGCCAUUCCACGAGAGGAUAGCCUGCCCGAUGACAUGACCGCCGCCGAGGCCGAACGAUUGUUGAGCUCAAGCAUUUUGGAAAGCAAAAUCAGACAACAAUCGCUGCUCUCCGACGAGCAGGCAAAGGAAGUCGAACAAAUACUCAACGCUGCUGCCCCCAGUGUGGGUGUGACCGUUGCUGCCGUUGUUGCCACAGCAACAUCCCCGACCAGCAUCAAGAAUCUCAUCGAGGAGCCAUUGCAAUCAGUAGCCAACGGGGAACAGCAACAGGAUAUACAAAUUGCAGCCGUCCCUGCGAUUGUUGAAGAGGAGGAGCCGCCCUACAAACAGGAGGAGGAGGAGCUGCAGCCGCGCUACGGGGACGAGGAGGAGGAGCCCUACGAGGUAUACGACGCCGACGCCGAUGCCGACGCCGAUGCCAAUGGGGAUGGCGAGGAGGACUCUGAUGACGUUGAAGCCGUGGACAUUGUCGGCUAUGGACAGGCCUCUGCUGCACUGAAUGCCACCUUCAUCAAGGCGGACAGCACAGAGACAGAGACCACAACCACCACACCGUCGACGACCACCACAGCCACCGCAGCCACUGCCAGCACCACCGCCAACACACGGCACGACAACGACGACGAGCCCGAGUGGCUAAGGGAUGUGCUCGAGGCGCCCAAAAGGAGUCUAGAGAAUCUUUUAAUCACCUCCGUCGGAACAGCAGCAUCCGCAGCAGCAGCCGCAGCGGGUCGGGAGAGGGAGAGGGAGGCGGCUGAUCUAGAGAACGGCUACAAACAUUCCGAUCUGAAUCACACCUAUGUGACGUCGGGAGGAGAGUCCCUGCACGAGUCGAUUGUAUCGGUGGAUUCCACCCAGUCGGAUGCGACGCUCAACCAGACGACCACCAUCGAUGACAGCAUCAUCUCCAGCAAGCACAACUCGACGUACUCCCUGGACCAAGCGGAGCCUGUCACAAAUUCAACCGUUCUGAGCACUGGCAUAACAGAACUCGACGACAGCCAGUACUACAUACCGGAGUAUCCUCCAGUGAGGAGCAAGGAGGUCCUUGUCGAAGCGGGUGUCCAUUAUUUCGAAGAUGGCAACUUUUGGAUGGAAGUUCCAGGUCUCCUAGACUUUGAUGACGACGAUUGCUCUUAUCCGCCUAUAACUGUGCGCAAGAAUCCGAAAGUACGUUUCAGCUCUGGCCCCAUCCAUGUGUAUUCCACUUUUUCGGUGAACGACUACGAUCGCAGGAAUGAAGAUGUUGAUCCUGUGGCCGCUUCGGCGGAAUACGAGCUGGAGAAGCGCGUGGAGAAGAUGCACGUCUUCCCCGUGGAAUUGAUGAAAGGUCCCGAGGGUCUGGGUCUCAGCAUAAUUGGCAUGGGCGUUGGCGCCGAUGCGGGUCUUGAGAAAUUGGGCAUCUUUGUAAAAACUAUAACCGAUAACGGAGCAGCAGCCAGAGACGGACGAAUUCAGGUCAACGAUCAGAUCAUUGAGGUGGACGGCAAGAGUCUUGUGGGCGUUACACAGGCAUAUGCAGCCUCUGUUCUACGGAAUACUUCCGGUCUAGUCAAAUUCCAAAUUGGACGCGAACGCGAUCCCGAAAACUCUGAGGUAGCACAGCUCAUACGACUGAGUUUGCAGGCGGAUCGCGAGAAAGAGGAGCGCUUAAAGCGCUCUUUGUUUUACAGCCAACAAGAGGAGUACCUCCGGCGCACACUCGACUACUCGGAGGACUCCACGCAGCCCGUUUCUGCGAAUUCAAGUGUGUGCGAGGGGCCCUCGAGUCCCGUUCAAGUGGAGCAUCCCAUGGAGGUGGAGGCCACGCACUCGCAGGAGGUAGAGUCGCUCAAGCGGCUGCUACAGGAGCACAAAGCGAGCGAAAUGGGUUGCCUGGUAAAAGAGGAGAUUAUACAGAAUCUUAAACGAAAGCUCGUGAAGCUCGAGACGACAGGCAAUGAGAAUGAGCUGCUGAGCGAGAGGUUGCGCCAGAGCGAGCGAGAGCUGGGCAACAUCCGUAAGGAGGCCGCCAAUCUGCAGAAUAUGCUGCAGCAGUCGCAGGGCCAGUACAUGGCGCUGGACAAGAAAUACAACAAGGCGAAGCGGCUGGUGCGGGAGUACCAGCAGCGGGAGCUGGACACGUGCCAUCGCGAGGAGUUCUACCAGCAGCUGAUGCGAGAGAAUGACAACGAAUACAAUGCUCUGGUGAAGAAGCUCAAGGAUCGGGUGAUCAACCUAGAGCACGAGCUGCAGGAGACGCAGCGGAAGGCUGGGUUCCCCGUGGGCCUGCCAUACGACAGUGCCACAUUGAAGCUCACUCCUCAAAUGAUGCGCAAGGCACCGCCCAAGCCGCUCUUCCACAAGCUCGAAACGGAGCUAUCGGACACGGAGAUCUCGGAUCUCUCGCCGGAUGGGGAUGGCGUGAAGACGGCCACCGUGGAGCGCAAGGUCCCUGUCAAGGAUGAGCUGGACGCGGCCGUGCCGCAGCACGAGCUGCUCGAUAACUCUGUGAACAAGACGAAGAUCGAUCUGGCCUCCCGUGGUGGUCUAGCGAAUCGCCAGCUGCCAUCAGCGAAUGGAGCGAACGGCAACGGCAACAGCAACAGCGGCACUGCUGAUCUCGGCCAGCUCUCGAAUGGAAACCUGAUGAAGAGAAGCCGCAGCAACAGCCGCAGCUCCGACUGCACCCUGGACGACACCGACGACGACGAGGUGGAGGAUGAAGAGGAGGCUGAGGGCUCGGCCCUGAAUCUGGCUGGAGCCAUCACAUCCUCCUCACACGACACCACCAUCACUAGUCUCUCCAACGGAAACUCCCAUCUGCUGGCCAAUGUCAACAAUCUGCUGCAGCAUCAUCCACCCGCCAUGGCCACUGUGACGACGACAGCAGUCGGCCCGUCCAACGGCCAUUUGGGCACCACCACAGCCAUACUGCUGAACUCGACAUCGUCCUCGUCCAGCUCCUCGAACCAAUCGACGACGCGCGAGGCGCAGAUCAAUCAGCUGUACGCCCAAGUGCACAAGGAUCCCAGCAAGCAGCAGCAGCAGCAACAGCAGCAGCAGCAGGCGAUCGUCACGAGUGUCCCAGUCUCGGGGAGCAUUCCCAGCAUCUUCAAGAAUGCACUGGGCUCUCCGGCGGACAAUGGCGGGGGCCUAGGACUCAAUGACUUCCAUCGCGGCAGCAUGACGACAUUCGGCACGGGGCCCGCGAGCAGCAGCAGCAAUCGUGAUCUCAACAGCUCGUACGACUCGAUACUGGGCUCCAACGACAAGCUCUCGGAGAACGAACCGGCGGAGAACUGGAUGUAUCCGAGUCGAAGGCGGGUGGCGCCCAAUGGAGGCAGCAAAGUGCCCCUCCCGGGGGCAACCUUCACCGAUCAGCUCAAUCAGGCGUUGACCGAUCGCGAGAGGCGCCUCGGCGAUGGAUCCUCGCGACAUUCCAGCGACGAUUACACGGAGAUAAACAAGAGCCAGAGCGCAUCAUUGGCGGCCAUCAACUGCAAGACGCUGAUCAACGAGAUCCGCCAGGCGGUGAACGAAGCACAGCCCAAAGUUAAACAAGUUGUUCCACAAUCACUCUCCCCGCCCGGCACAGUGCCCUGGCAACAGCAGCACCACCAACAGCAACAGCAGCAGCAGCUGCAGCUGCAACAGCAGCAGUCACUGCAACACCUACCGCAAUCGGCUCAUGCCACUGGACCGCCCUCGCCCACUAGCAUGUCUUCGGGCUGCUCCUCGCCGGGAUACUCCCCCAGCCGCACCCUCGAUCUGUCCGGCUCAAGUUCCAGUUUCUCUGAUCGCAAGGUGGCAGCCGCUGGCUACAAUUACAAAGGUGGACCGGUUCACGAAUGGACCAAAGAUCAGGUGGGGCACUGGCUGAUGGGCAUCGAGCUAGAGCGAUAUAUACCCGUCUUUAAGGAACACAAUGUGGAGGGCGGGGCACUGCUCACCCUCGACUCGAAGGACUUCAAGACACUGGGUGUGUGCGGCGAUGACAAGCACAGGCUUAAGAAGCGCUUGAAGGAUCUGAAGGCGAACAUCGAAAAGGAGCGCAAGGACAUGGAGCGGGAGCGUCGCGAGCGCGAGAAGGCCAUACGCAAGGCCGAGAAGAAGCUGGCCAAAAAGAAGUAGUAGUUGAAUUCUCUAGUUGAAUAAGCAUCAAAAACGUAGCCAAAAACCAAAAGCAUACGCAGUAUAUAUGUAGUCUAUGCAUACACACAACACAGAAACCCACAAAAUACGCGUAUAUAUCUAAUAUACGAUAUAUACAAAUAUACGAUACGAUAAUAUAAUAUUUUUUUUUUUACAACACACAUACAUACAUCUAUUAUACAUACGUACUACAUUUUAAACCUAUCGAAACCUAAUGGAAUUUAGUCGUAAUUUAUUCUAAAAGAAAAGGACAUGCAAAGGAAGGAAGCAGCCUGGAGUGGAGUGUCAGGAGCGAUAGGAGAGUAGCAGAGCAGGCCAGCGGAACAAACCCAUUUCCCAAGGGUCCAACCACCAACCACCAGAAAAAUGAAAUGCACUCGAACAUCCUUCAGACAACCAAGAAAUCACAACCAAAAGAAGAAGCUAAGUAACACUAACUACAAAAUGGCGUUGGACUGACUGAUUUUUAUGAUUAAUUAACAUACAAAAACAAAAGGAAUUCGUUUUUUAAAAGCCAACCAAAAACCAAAAAAGAACCAUUUUUGAAUUGAAUGCAAACGAAAUGCAAACAAGAGAUAAGGAAUUCGCUGAACAGACUUGAAACGAAACGUGGCAUAACAGCCAGCUUCAAAUAAAAGUACGAUAUAUGAUUAAUAAUUAAUUAAUUAUAACUCUGAUAAAAUAUACAUAUUAUAAUACUACCUACCUAUUGUAAUAUCGUUUAAGUUAACAGUGUGUCUACAUUUUUUUUUUGUUCAUCUAUAAUAUUCUUCGAUAAUAUUCGACUCUAGACUUUAGAGAUAUAGACAUACCUUAUAUGUGUAUGUGCAUUAUAUUUGUCAAGACAUCUAUGGAUCUAUGUACUAUGUGUAUGUGUGUGCAACUAUCUAUAUAUCUGUAUAUCCACUCCCUAAAAUUAAUGCUAAAGUAUUUUACUGUAUGCUAUGCCUGAAAGUCAUUUAAGUACUUAAGUAGAGAAGAAGCUAUCAAAAAUGUGUAUGUUUUGCCGUACAGGAAGUGGCCGGCCGAACACUGAAGGACUGUUCUUCAAGUAUAACAGCAACAACAGCAAUUGCUAUACCGCCAGAGAGUCUCAAAGGGAUAAGACCAUCUUUCUGUGCAGUUUAAGCAGCCAAAACAAUGCAAAAUGUCCACCCCAAAUGUUUGUUAAGCAGCCAAAAACAAAAAUGAAAAACAAAAGAAGACAGCAGUUUCAAACAAGAGCGAUAUCUAUUCGUUAGCCUAGUAGUACCUAUGUUUUGUGUGUGUGAGUGCGUGACUGUACCUAUUUCUUUCUGUUUGUUUUUCUUCUUUUUUUUUGUAAUUUUUAGAGCUUUUAGUAGUUGUAUUUUGUAUUUAACUUUUUGUGUAAUUGUUUUGUGUACGUAGUUUAAUUUACCUUUUAAUUUCGAAAUGUUGCAAUAAAUCUAGAUACAUAUGGAGGUUAA